UUGCGCGCUAACUCCUCCCCUGCCACUGCUGCACUGAGCCGUCUCAUGCUUCCCUACCUCUUUCCUGACCUCUCUGCCUUUCCCACUGUCGCUGACCUCAUUACGCACCUCCGCACUAGUGACACUCGCUACCGCGCCGCCCUUCCUGCUGAGUUCUGCGCUAAGAACCCCCCCCCCAUGUACAUCGCUCUCUACUACGUAGUCGCGCGCCUCCCUGACUCCCUUCGAGUCGGGUGCUCUCCUUCCCCCUUGCUGCCCUCUGUUGCCUCUGCUGCUGCUGCCGACCUGCUUGGUCUUGAGUCGGUCGGCGCGGCGUCUGCCCCUAGUGGGAGACGUCGCUCCAGCAAGGGCAAGGGGGGCAAGGGCGCGGGUGGAGCUGGAGGGGGCGGUGGCUGGUGGCGGCGGUGGCGGCGGAGGGAGUGGGGGGUGGCGGCGGGACUAGUGGCGGGGGUGGUGGUGGUGGUGGUGGCAGCGGUGGCGGAGACGGUGGUGGUGGUGCCAGCGGUGGUGGUGGAGGCAGCGGCGGAGGUGGAGGCGGCGGAGGUGGAGGCGUUGGAGGCGGCAGCGGAGGAGGCCAGUGGUGGUGGAGGAGGUGGAGCUGGUCGGGGUGGUACCCAGCAGCGUAGCGGCGGUGGUGGUGGCCAGCGCUCGCAGCGGCAGCAGCAGCAGCGCUCGCGGGACAUCCCUUCGCCUCAGCAGCUUCGUGAGUGGUACGCUGGGCGUCAGAGGGGUGGGGGUACUGGUCCCUGCACCUACGUUCUUCGUUCCGGCGACCGCGCGGCGAUCUUUGAUCUUGAUUUUGAUGCUAUCCUUACUGCUAUGUAUGUUGUGGAUUAUAGUGAGGAGAAUGAGGGUUACCGUUGUUUCCAGCCCGACCCGGGCAUUGGUACUGCUGCGCUAGGUGCUUGUGAGGCUGCUGCUCUAGGUGCCAGUGCGUCUGCGCUCUCAGGUACUGGUGAGACUGCGCUCUCAGGUACUGCGUCGUCCUCGUCCUCCCUCACUUUCACACUUGACUCCGGGGCUUCUCGCUCCUUCUUUCGAGACCGCACUACCCUUACGCCGCUCGGCCGGCCGGUUGCAGUCUCCCUUGCUGACCCCUCUGGGGGUCCUGUCCUGUCUCACUUCUCCACUGUCCUCCCGUGUCCGGCUGCCCCUUCGGGCACCCUGUCGGGUCUGUACCUUCCCUCGUUCUCUACGAACUUGGUGAGUGGAGCGGACCUGCAGGAUGUGGGUGUUCACCAGUUCACUCCUGCGAGUCAGCGGGUGACCCACGUGGCUGCGUCGGGUCAGGUACUUGCUGCUGCGUCCCGGACCUUCCUGUGUCCCCUGUGUCGAGGGUCGCCCCGGGCUACUCCUCACUCCUCCCACUUCCCCCCGAUAGAGGCUCCCCUGCAGACGCUUCACAUGGAUGUGUGGGGCCCAGCCCCCGUCCGUGGGCAGGGUCACGAGCGCUACUUCCUGUUGGUGGUUGACGACUACUCGCGUUACACCACAGUCCCUCCCCUUGCGCAGCAAGGGUGCGCCUUGCUGUGGACGGGGAAGGUGGGCGAUGCGUCUGUGUUCCGUGUCUGGGGAUCUCGGGCGUUUGUCCGCGACUUGUCUGCGGACAAGCUGUCCCCUCGUGCUGCUCCCUGUGUCUUCCUUGGCUUCCCCACUGACGCCCAGGGUGGCAGUUUUACCACCCCUCCUCUCGUCGUGUUCUGUCCUCCCAGGACGUCAC